UCCCGACCCACAGGUUGAAAACCACUGAUCUAAGAGAUACAUGAUCACCAAAGUACACAAAAAAUGGAAUUCUUUCUUAAAUAACAAAUCUGGGAGUCCUCCUGUUCUCAUAACUUCUGCUUGAACAGCACAUGGAGUUUGUCUUCAUAUAAUUACAUCUGGUGUACAGUGUCAAUGAUUUUGACCAUUCAUGAAGCAGCAGGCAAUGACCAAGAUUACUUAUGCUCUUGUCACCUUGUGGCUGGAUUUUUGAACUUCACUUUACAUGGAGCUGCCCUUGAAGACCAUACAGUAGCUUCAACUGGUUCAGCACAUAGUAAUCCAGUAGUUACAAGCAUACCCAGAUUUGUCCAUGUGACACUAUAUUAUUAUUAUGGCUGCCAGUAUACUUUCAAGUGUGAUUCAGGUGCUGACUGUCAUAUGAGCUUACAUAUCUCAGAACCUUGCUAGCUUUGCCCUAAGCUGAAUUGGCUUGUCCAGUAGUAACUGGGCUGAGUCAGCUUGUUUAAAUAGAAUGGAGAAAAAAGGCCUGUUAAGGUCCCUUCUCUCAGAGAAUACCACUUCGAGACCCUGUGAUGAAAUAUUUUCAGUCAUAGUCCCUUUUCCGUGAAAUAACUCUUCCCUGGGUAUCUUGAACACCCUUUCUUUGUCAGGCUUCUGAAAAUAGCAUUCAAGGACAAUAAGUAUUGACCUGAAUGCUGAAGUUACAGGAUAUUUGCUGUUUAAAUUAUUAUUAUUUUUUUUAAAUCUUGUUGUUGCUUGAUGUAAAUUGCUCAAAGCAAUCUGGCACUGAGCUGCAUGCAAGCUGUUGUAAAUAAAUAAAAGAAAUCAGCCAAAAGAAUUGUUCAGAUUUAUGCAGCAUACCUCUGUAAGUGCUGUUGUAUAAACUAUUUGAUUAUGCUUUUUAGCAGCAUUUAUUUUGCAAAAUUCAGCAUUUGCUCUUGUAAGAAUUCUGUAAGGUCAAUAGCUAUUAUUUGCCCCCUUUCCCUUAAAAUGAGAAAUUGAAAGUAAAAGACUGCAUAACCUUAAACAAGUCAGAACAUACACCUUCCAAGAGUUGUAUCUUCUAUCUACAUUGCAACAUUUUAUUUUGAGAACUAACCACAUACCUCACAUUUUUUUGCUUUUGACUCAGUAUGUAGUAGUACCAUUACUUACAAUAAUCGCUAUCAAUCAUGACACAUAUCUAAAUUUAACAUGAGGAUAUGCUAUUAUUGAGCAAGUCUAAUUACGUUGUUUAUUUUGAAAGAUACCUUUUAACGUUAAUAAAAUCUUUAUAUUUACGCACUUAACUGAAAUGCCCAGUCAUCUCACUAGAAUGCAGUAAAACCAGGUUGGUAUACAGUACACAAUUCCCAAUUUUGGUUCAUUGAUAAGUAUGAUUGUGUUUGCUACAAUCACAAUAUACAUAAGUAGCCUAUAUUUUUAAACACAGAUCGCCGAAAUAAUGUAACGGGUGUAGAGGAUUAAAGAGAUAACCCUGUUAACGUCAUCAAUCACGGCGUGCCUUCAUCUCCAUCUCUUUUGGGGGUGUUUUGAGCUAAGAAUGAAGGGACACAUCUCCUAUUUCUGAAAAGGAGCAGGGUAACAUGCCGGAGCGUGUGCGUGAUUUACAUUCACAACAUAGGACUGUCAAUAUACGUGUGACUGGAUCGUUGCUUUUAUAUGACUCUUUUUCUUAGGCCGCGAAAACUCCCUGAGGUGUCCAGCCGGCUUCGACAGUCCUGCAGCUCUGGCAAAGGCAGGGACGGACCCAGCGCGAGAAUAACUGUCAAGGCGCAGUCCCACGCCGGCAGAGCCAGGGUGUCAUAUCUACGACCGACCGGGCGAGGAGAAGACGGGAGUCCUCCUCUCCCAACUCUUUUGACAGGCCCGAGCCAGGCGGGCGCCAUGCUAGAAACCAAAAUGGCUGCCCCGGGGAAAGCAGCCCAACCCGAAGAGCACCGAGGGGGACGUGCCGAGUGACGCCCGCCGCACCGCGCCACGCCUCGCCGGACCCGCCACACGCAGGAUGCCAGCUAUAUUGUCAGAUUUGGAGAACAGAGGACUUCCUGUACUCACUGAAUAUCUGCUAAGAAUACAUUCAGAGAGACAGCUAUUUUAAUCAUUUUACCUUGUGAAGUUAUUUAUACCGAAGCACAAGCCAUGAUCAAAUUUUUCCUGAUGGUGAAUAAACAAGGUCAAACCAGGCUUUCCCGCUAUUAUGAAUACAUGGACCUUCAUAAACGGACAGUUCUGGAAGCUGAAGUAAUCAAGCAGUGCCUUUCUCGUACAAAGGAGCAAUGCUCCUUUCUUGAGUAUAAAGAUUUUAAGUUGGUCUAUAGACAGUAUGCUGCACUUUUCAUAGUAGUUGGAAUCAAUGAAACAGAGAAUGAGAUGGCUGUAUUUGAACUGAUUCAUAAUUUUGUUGAGGUUUUGGACAAGUAUUUCAGCAGAGUGAGUGAAUUAGAUAUUAUGUUCAAAUUAGACAGAGUGCAUAUAAUUUUGGAUGAAAUGGUUCUAAAUGGUUGCAUUGCAGAAACCAACAAAACCAGAAUUCUUGCACCUCUUUUGGUUCUUGAUAAAAUGGCAGAAACCUAGAAGAAACAAGCCUGAAAAUAAUAUUGUACAUAUUUGAAAAUAUUAUUCAAAUAAAAAGGAUUGUUUUUGAGUUUUUUGGCAAAUUAUGAAUAAUUGUUUUCCGGCUAAGUGAAUGUUUAGCUCUCAUCACCUUCCUGUAAAAUUACAUUUUUUACUACUAUGUCAAAUGUUUUUGAAAUUUGUAAUCUGCUUGAGGAAUUAAAUUAAUCUUUACAUGUG